AUGCCAUCUAGGUUCUCCAUCAUCAACCUCACCAAGCCGGACAGUCUGUACAAGGAGGGCAUGCGGCCGCUGAUGUACUCCACGCUGGACGCCGAGUACAACCACCUGGGGUGGCAGCGGUGCGGCGAGAACAUCGCCUACUUUCGGAACGACACCGACAAUGGCAACUACCACCGGCCGCUGGACGACGACGACGACGAGUUCGUGGGCAACGCGUCCUUCACGCUGUCGUUCAACAUCGAGUUCCGGUACGACGACGACACAGUCUUCGCGCACAGCUACCCGUACACGUACAGCGACCUGCAGGACUACCUGAUGGGCAUCCAGCGCAAUCCGGUCAAGUCCAAGUUCUGCAAGCUACGGCUGCUGUGCCGCUCGCUGGCCGGCAACAACGUGUACUACCUGACCGUGACGGCGCCGUCCACGCACGACGAUGACAAUCAGAAGAAGAAGAAAGCGGUAAUCAUCAGCGCACGUGUUCAUCCUGGCGAGAGUCCUUCGUCGUGGAUGAUGAAGGGCCUCAUGGACUUUAUCACCGGUGAUUCAUACGUGGCGAAGAAGCUUCGCCACAAGUUUAUCUUUAAGCUAGUGCCUAUGCUCAACCCGGACGGCGUGAUCGUGGGGAACACCCGGAGUUCGCUGACCGGGCGCGACCUGAACCGCCAGUACCGGACGGUGAUCCGGGAGACGUACCCCUCGAUCUGGAACACGAAGGCCAUGAUUAGAAGACUGAUGGAGGACUGUGGCGUGGCCAUGUACUGCGACAUGCACGCCCACUCGCGCAAGCACAAUGUGUUCAUCUACGGGUGCGAGAACUUGAAGCGACAUCCGGACCGGCGGCUGUUGGAGCAGGUCUUCCCGCUGAUGCUGCACAAGAACGUCGCCGAUAAGGUAGAUUUUGAAAACUGCAAAUUUAAGGUCCAGAAGAACAAGGAGGGCACCGGCCGGAUCGUAGUUUGGGUGCUGGGCGUCACCAACAGCUACACCCUGGAGGCGUCCUUUGGCGGAAGCACCAUGGGAGGUCGGGCAGGGACGCACUUUUCCACGGCGGACUACGAGCACAUUGGCCGGGCCUACUGCGAAACGCUCAUGGACUACUACGACGACAACCCGAUAAAACGACCGUACCACAAGAAGGCGCACCAGUGCCUUCGCUUCAUCUUCAAUCUGGCCAAUCCGGACUCGAACCCGCCCUCGGACGAGGCCAUCGAGCGCCGGAUGGCGUACUUCCGGUCGAUUCCGGUUCCACGGUGCAAGGAGGAGCGCGAGGCCCGCAAGCUGGAGCGAGGCCCUCGCAAGCGCAUCGUGCGCCGCGUGGUCAAGAUCGUUCGCAAGGUCGUGCGGGAAACUCCGCAACCGGAAGAGUUCAAGUGUAGUUUGAUAUUCGAUUCGCUGUACCAGUCCGCCGAACUGAGUCUUUGCUUCCCUUCCUCCGACGCCGCCCAUGCUUUCCUCUUGAAGGAGAAACUACGGAUGAAGAUUCUGACCCGGCUGUCGAAGGAGGGUUCCAGCGCGGAGGAACCGCUCAACAUCCCGCUGUCGGACUACUCGAGCGACGAAGGCGACACCAGCACGAGCAGCUCGGAGGAUGAAGCCGGCAAAGACAGCAUGGCGGAACUGGAGGGACCGUGCUGUUCCUCGCUCAAGGUGCCCCCAUCCUCACCCGUGCUGCCGCAAAAGUUCAAGGGAAACAAAAAGGGCAAAAAGCAGAGCCGCACGCCGACCCGGCCGUAUCGGCGCCGAUCGCGCAGCGCCCACCGCAUCGUGCUGGACAUCCCGACGGCGGAACCGGCCAGCGACUUUUUCGACUUCACCUCGGACGACGAGGAGUCGCCGUCGGCGCCGUGGGGCGGCCACCCGAUGGCCGUGUCCGACACCGAGAACACCGUCAAGCGCAACUUCCGGCGCAGGCACAAGUGCCGCGCCUCGGACCGCAUCCGGAAGCUGACGGCGCUGGGCUGCGAGACGCAGUACCUGAUGCCGCCGGAGCUGAUCGUGCGGUCGGCCGCGAGCCGGUACCUGUCCGAGGAGGACGAGGACGACAAGAACAAGAUGGUGAUGAGCAUCAUCAAGGAGUUCCCGCCGAUCAUCAACAAGGAGCGCAGCUGGCAGGGGUUCAACCGGGCGGAUAGGCAUCGCGACCUCAUGAAGGCCAUCAGCCCGGACCACUUCCAGGGCCACAGCCACAGCGCCCUGUCGCUCAAGCGGUCCAUCUGGACCGGAACGCAAUCGGACGGGUACGUCAACGAGGCCAUCUUCAACAACUCGCGCCCGCUGUCCUGGGGUGUUCCGCCCGUCCUCGUCAAAUCAACGUACUUUGACAACGAAGCUCUACUGACUGCCUGCUCGCAAAAGCUGGCCGCCUGGAAGGACGAAAAGCGCUCGAUGAAGGAGAAACACCAUAAAAGUAUGUCCCGGCUGCAGGCGGCGGCGGCCGCCGCGGCCGCAGCUGCCGGAUCGUCUUCCUCCAACAAGGAGAACCGCUCGUCGACGGCCGGCAGCGGUACGAAGCUGAAGCUGUCGCUCGCCGAGCAGUACAGUGCCGCUGGCAAGAGCAGCCGGCAGUCGGACAAGAAGCAGCAGAACGAUGGCGAAACGCCGUCGACGACGAGUGGGAUUGCCAAAGUGAGGAGGAAAACGAGAUCCACCCUCAACAAGAUCGUCGAAAAGGCCGAACUGAUCACUCACCUGUCGCGCAGCGCUCGCUCCUCCGGCACCCACUCGCGUCGAAUUUCCGCGGCCGGCUUCCUCAGCACAACCACCAACAACAACGGUUCCCCCCGCAAAGCCACCAGCACUAGCAACUUACUCGCCGCCGCUGCCGGCUCACCCUCAACCCCACUGCUAGUCUCGAGUCAAUCACUGCGGACACCGAACCACGACCCGUCCACCACCAGCACCGCUCGUUCCGGUCACCGGUUCCGAACCGGCGGAAUCGUCGUGACCGCGGCACAGCCUCUGCCGAAGCAGCGAAGAGCGCACCUGCGGAGUGGCCUCACCGGCGCCCGGACCAGCAACAACUCGCCCACGAAACUGCCCACACCGACCACGACCACAAUCGAUAUCCAGCUGACCACACUCUGCUCCGAGACGGAAUCUGAAAAAAAUUUGAAAAUCAUUAGCACCAGCAGCAAGAAGCACAAGAAGAAGCGGACUGCCGGCGGAACGGGAACGGGUGGGACCGGUUCCAGGGACAAGUCGGCGAUCAAGAUUCUGACCUGACCCUGGGGCGGCGGCCACCGUUGAGUCCGGGUCCGGCAACUGUGUUUGAUUUGAUUUGUGUUUUAAUUUGGUGUAAUUUUUCAGUAGGAAAGUCUUAUCAAAAAGAGCAAUAAACAAGCAAAAAAUAGUUUUAGAAAACUGUGAAAUUCAA